AUGUAUGUUGAUUUAUUUCAGAGAACAUAUCACAGUACAAUCCCACCAAAACUUCCACAAUCGGCAAAGCUACCUCUGCCGGGAAAAUACAACAUUUCAAUACCUAGUAAUGUUCCACGAGCCAUAUCAAUCACUGUACCACCACCACCACCAAGUCAUGAAGUUCCAAUCCUAGAUGUAGAUGACACUGUGACUGCCUGUUGGGACUACCAAUUUCUUUUUGUCUCACAACGUGCAGAAGCUGUUGAACCGAUCAAUCUCCGACUAGUUGAGGGUGAAAUACCGCGUGAUUUUCCAUCGGGGGCGUAUUAUCUCACUGGAUUGGGGCUAUUCUCCGAUGAUCAUGGCUCGACUGUACACCCGCUAGAUGGUCAUGGUUAUCUAAGAGCAUUCACCAUUGAUGGAUCAAAAGGGCAAGUCAAGGUCAUGGCUAGGUACAUUCAGACUGAGGCGAAAUCCGAGGAACGUGAUCCUAUGACCGGAAAGUGGCGGUUCACUCACCAGGGACCGUUUUCAGUGUUGAAAGGUGGGAAAAUGGUUGGGAAUACUAAGGUCAUGAAAAAUGUUGCAAAUAUUAGUGUGUUAAGAUGGGGUGGUAGGUGGUUUUGUUUGUGGGACGGUGGCGACCCUUAUGAAAUUGAAUCUAAGAUGUUGGAUACCGUCGGAGAGUUCGAUGUUGUUAAGGAUGAUCAGAAAAAAAAUUCCGGCGACAGAGGGUUUAAGGUUGUUGAUGUUUGGGAUGUUGCUGCAGAAAUUUUAAAGCCAAUACUAUAUGGUAAGCUUGUAAAUAAUCGUGCCAUGGUCGCAUGCCUUACCAUAAAUUAUCCACAAAUUAAAGCAGCCCAUUUGUUGCAGUCUCAUAAAUUAUAA